AUGAAGGACGUUGUCGAUCCACAACUACGAGACGAACAAGCAGACUUCCGGCAGAAUAAAUCAUGCAUGGACCAGAUUGCAACGCUGCGCAUCAUAGUCGAGCAGUACUUGGAGUGGAACUCAUCACUGUACAUUAACCUGGUCAUCUAUGAGAAGGCGUUUGACAGUGUGGAUCGAGCGGUCCUAUGGAAGCUCCUCUGGCAUUAUGGCAUCCCAGCCAAGGUGGUCCACCUGAUCAAGAGCUCAUACAAGGGAAUGGCCUGCGGAGUGAUCCAGGGAGGACAGCUUAUCAACAGCUUCCAGGUGAAGACUGGAGUCCGACAAGGAUGCUUGUUAUCCCCGUUCCUCUUCCUCAUCACCAUCAACUGA